AUGACACCCUGUGCCACUGGGUACUGGGCGAACGACAGUGCUUACUUCCUUCCUGAAUGUGAACCUUCACCAACACAUCAUUCCUGCUGCUACACUCCUUUCGCGGCACAGACGAGCGACUACCCCCAAGCCACGAGGUCAACUCUGACGACGGAGAUAGCUGUCCAGUCUGGCGUCUCCUGCGACGUUCACCACCCAGAUAGAAGCGUGGCUCACGAUACCACCACACCGACCAUAUAUCCCGCAGGGCCCUUCCCAUCUUCCGCUUUCAGCUUUUCUGUCCCGCACCCAGCCUACCCAUCUAAUCUCCCAGGUCUCGUAUGGCCACCCACCGCAACGUUUACUCCGAUGGAUAUGACUUUCCAAUCUGGCGUCUCCAACGACAUUGACUCCUACGCAAACAGUAACGUGAUUCACAAUGCCACCAUAUCAAGUGCAUAUCCCGACGCAGGGGCAUUCCCUACUUCCAAUUCCACGUUUUCCAUCGCGCAGCCUCCGUACCAGUCUAAUGACUCUGGUCUCGUAUGGCCACCUAGCAGCCACUUUAACCCUCAGAGUUAUUUUGACUACAAACCGCCAACGGAGUACAACUCCGGCCCUGGACUGGAAGCGCCAACCGGCGUAGUUCCUUCUUCAAGUUCGCACCAUUCGGACGUGUUUGCUUCCCAAUCCAAUCGACGCUUUGCCUUUGAACCCGUUCAGCCAACUGCAAGCGGGUCUAACCCUCGCUCGGGCAGAUCUGAGCUUACCCGACGAAGAGACAAUGAUGGCAAUGCAACGGCGCUGUUGCCGUGCCCUCGCAGGCAUCGACAACCUCAACACCAUCCCCUGCGCCAUCCCUAUCUUCCGCCUCCUCGUCCUCGAGCUCCUCCACCUCCCCCUCGUCGAGGUUUCGAAACAAAUGGGUCCAAGACGCAGAUGGACGCUGCCGGUGCCUACUGUGCUAUACCGGUGUUCACUGACACCGAGAAGGACAUCGUUCGCCAUCUCAAGCACGCCGAGGUGCACCAUCCCGAGAAGGUGCGCUGCUCGGACAUGAUCUACCGGUGCCCUUGUGGAAAGGGGGUGUUGGGAAAAAGGAAGGACGCACAGAAGCGUCAUGUGGUCACGUACAUCGCCAGGGAGAGGAGCCAGGCGAUCUCGUCGGGGAAUAGGGAACGCCUCGAUAGGGUGAACGCGUACGAGGCGCGGUUGAGGAAGGAGAAGUUGCUGUGA